AUGUCUUUCUUUGACAUCAAAGCUGUUGAUUUAUUUGAUUGUGGUUUGAGCAAGAGUGCCAAGCCCAUUGCAAUUAUUGACGACAUCAGUGCCAGUGUUCAGGAAUUAUUCGUUUAUAGUGGCUUCUGGAAAAGCUUAUCAUUUUGUAUUGGACGAAAAAACGAGGACAGAACAAAAAUCCCCCUUCUCACAAGAAUUCAAGAAGAAUUGGAACGCACUGAUUACGUCGACUUUACAACACGACCUGCCCUGCAAGAGGCAUGUAGAAUAUAUCACACAAACUUCCCAAACAUUUACUCCAAAAGGAACUGCCAAGCGGUGCUGAAGACAGCGAUCAACUUGGUGCUCAAGAACAAGCAAAGAAGAAGCAAGCAAUGGAAAAGCUUUUUUUGGCUUUUGGACUGUGAUCAUCGGGUGGAUCAAUGCAUUGACAAGCAAUUACGCAUCAUCUUUUCAAACAACCAGAAGAAGCCAGAAUCAAAGGAACCUGCUGCUGCCACAACUACUGGUGCACCAUCUCCAGUUUCCCGUAAAGGCAAAUCGCGCUUGUCAGCAACAUCUUCACCGCAACCAUUGUCUACUACGGAUGCUGAGCAAGAUAUUGAGUUGCUUGAUAGUGACGGCAGUGAUUUGGAAAGUGUCAUGGAUGAUGAACUACAAGAGGAAGAGGAAAGUCGUGAUUUGACAGCCAAGGAGAUCAAUGCUUUGAUGUCUGUAUCCGUGAUGCUUUGCCAAUCCCCCUCCAUCAAAGGUGAUACAGUAUUUCCUCUGAAUAUAUCAAGAAGCAGUUGUACCCCGAUAAGAGAGACUCUAUUCCAGCUAGCUAGAGCUGUGCUGAUUGUGGAACCUCUUUGGCAGUUGCAUAUGUUUAUUUAA